AGCGCAGGGUCGGAUAACGAUCCCUCCAACUUGUUAUUUUUCUUGUCCCUUCUUCUUUCGACAGUGUGACGACCAUUCCUCCCUCUUCCCUCUCAGUUUCUACUUACAAAACAAUUGGAUUCGGAACAUAUUGGCUUCCCACGUUCUCGGAGGGAAAUUCUGCCAUGCCGGUACCAAGAAGAAAAGACCCAUUAGAUGUACCCACCCAGCGCCUAUACUGCCUGAGUCUGGGAGCCUUUAUCCAGGCUGUGAAGCUAUUCGAUUUCUUCCCGCUACAUUGCGUCGUCUGACGAAUCAUGUGUAAAAUGGCUGGCCAUCGAUAUCGCAUCCUGCCCGUUUCUCUCACAACUAUGCAUUCCCCGCCGGAACUAUGCCACUUCCGUGGUGGCGUUGCAAAUAGUUGCUCUGUGUUUCUUUGAUGGGCUGAUGUUUGGUGGUGUCAGUUUAAAAUCUGCCGAGAGCUGGAGAAGCGGUGAAAGCAGCAUAUCCCCGGAGGGAUACUCGGGCUCCCGAGAAAGCGGCGUGGAAUAUUUUGAUUUGUCGUCAAAGGAGUUAAAGGCAAUCGAGCAAGCGCAUUUAGAUGCGCUACAAGUAGUGAAACUUUCAGCUUUAUCUAUUAAUGAUGAUGAAUACGAUGAAUACGACGACGACGACGAAGAAGAAGAAGAAGAUAGUAACGACUACAAUGACGAGCAGUCUUCCCUACAGAAGACCCAGUCCCUGGUGCAUAUACGACUCACGAAACCGGGUAACGUUCGUUUAGAACGGAUUCUUGACGCCUCUGGUAUCGAAUCGCGACUAGUAUAUCCAGCAGAGGUUGUGGUAGUUUCGUGUCCGCGAGUAGCGUUUGUUGGAAACAGCAGCCUCGACAUCCACUGCGCAGGAGGGGAUCUCGACCAGCAGCUUAUGAUUGACAUCAGUGGUGAGAGCUUCCUUGUAGAAGGCAUCGAAAGCAAUCAUGGCGCGGAACUGAAAGGAACAGGCAUGGAGGUGACUCGGAGACGGUUGAUACCUUCACAGUUGCAGGUACUACUGCCAGUAUCAUCCGAUGCAGUCGGGACACAUCUUUAUGCACUGGAGGAGGUCAUGGAUGCGGUGGGCAAUACUGGCAAGACGAAUCAUUCAGUACUACGACCACCCGCUCUUUCCAGGUGCUUCGUCGCCGAUUCAUUUGACUUACCUUUGGAGGUUACGGUCGAAUAUCAACCCUCACAUGGAUCAGAUAGCGGCAGUCUCGAUGUGAAGCGUUUCAAGUCAUGGAGGAAGACACUGUCGACACAGGACAACCGAAUGGAUCUAAACAUCCAGGCUGGCGCACCCGGUGAAUACGCAAUUGAGAAGGUUAAAGGAAAGGUGAUGUCCUUGCUCCAGAGAGGUGCCAAGUCGUCGAAAGGCCCUUCCCCUCCGCUGAAAUAG